CCUAAUUAAUUCGUUAUGGCUAGCUCUGCAGUGAUCAAGCUUGCUUUGGUGGUGGCCUUGUGCAUGGCUGUGAGCGUUGCUCAUGCCAUAACAUGUGGCCAGGUGAGCUCCAACCUUGCACCAUGCAUUAACUACGUGAGGAGUGGCGGAGCUGUCCCUCCAGCUUGCUGCAAUGGAAUCAAAACCAUUAACGCCUUGGCCAAGACCACCCCUGACCGCCAGGCUGCUUGCAACUGCCUGAAGAGUCUUUCCGGCAGCAUCAGUGGUGUUAACCCUGGCAAUGCCGAAUCGCUUCCUGGAAAGUGUGGAGUCAACGUCCCCUACAAGAUCAGCACCUCCACCAACUGCGCCACCGUGAAGUAAGCUUGAAGGGAGAUGAUCAUUUUCGGCGGCAGAUAAUUAUAAUAGAGUGAAAAUAAAACGUGGUUUUGCGAUCCGGCCACAAGGGGUUCCUCAUGAGGGAAUCGUUUAAAUUAUUCUAUGCUACUUCUGUAUCAUCCCUAUGCAUCCAUGUAGAAUUAAUUAAUAAUAUAUGAAGUUUAAGUAAA